CAUUACAGAAAAAACAAACCCCUAGUUCCCUAAACCCUUUCCCUGCCGCGCUGCGCUGCGCUCCGCUUUCCUUCCUCCCGGUUCCACGCCUGAUUCCCUUCUGCUCUCUCCCUUCUCAGCAGCCGCUUCAAUCUAUUCCAUCGCCUGCUCGCCGUCUACGCCACCGUACCCCUUAUCAAGUGGGGUUCGGUCCGUUUCUCCACUUUGGUCUAUCAGGUGUGGUUGCUCGUUUUGCCUAAUCCUUGUCGGAGGGAUUUCUUCGGCCCUGGACGGCGUUGCAGGGUUGAGAUGCUGAAGACGAUUUACUUGAACAGCUCACUUGAGUGGAAGCCGUCUCCAGUUGUAGCCCUAGCUACCAGCGCCGAUGACUCCCAAGUUGCCGCCGCUAGGGAGGAUGGCUCCCUGGAGAUUUGGCUCGUCUCUCCUGGCUCAGUUGGUUGGCACUGCCAGCUGACUAUUCAUGGCGAUCCUAGUUCAAGAGUGUCAUCGCUCGUGUGGUGUCGUGCUGGCUCGAAGGGAUUACCUUGUGGCAGAUUGUUCUCGUCAAGUAUUGAUGGGUCUAUUUCAGAGUGGGACCUGUUUCACUUGAAGCAAAAGAUUGUUCUGGACUCUACUGGCUACUCGAUUUGGCAGAUGGCUGUUGCACCUACCAGUGACGGAGCACUUUCCUCAGAGGUCAAGUCGCAGCAUCUGACAAAUGGCUUCUUGAAUGACAUUCAUCAUGGUAACGAUCAUGAUGAUGAAUCUAGUGAAAGUGAUGAUGAUUCAAGCUCCGACGGGCAUCUCAAUCAAGUUCUUGAAGAUACACGCUUGGCAAUUGCUUGCGAUGAUGGUUGUGUGCGUAUAUACACUGUUCCAGAUUCCGAUGAGUUGAUAUACAAUAGAACAUUGUCUAGGGUCAGUGGCCGCACUUUAAGUGUGACGUGGAGUUGUGAUGCGUGUAAGCUAUUCUCAGGCAGCAGCGACGGUUUUAUUAGAUGCUGGGAUGCAACCCUUGGUCAUGAGAUAUACAGAAUCACAGUUGGGCUUGGUGGUCUGGGCGGUGGAACUGAAAUUUGUGUGUGGUCUCUACUUGCACUGAGAUGUGGGACCCUCGUCAGUGCAGACAGUACUGGCACUGUUCAGUUUUGGGACUCCCAGCACGGGACUCUUUUGCAAGCGCAUUCUUACCAUAAGGGUGAUGUAAAUGCUUUGGCAGUUGCUCCUAGUCAUACCAGGGUAUUUUCUGCUGGAUCAGAUGGUCAGGUAUUACUCUCCAUUGGAUCUAGUGCUGAUACAUCUACAUCGACUGUAAUGAAGAAAUGGGUUUAUGUUGGUUAUGUUAGAGCUCAUACACAUGAUGUUAGAGCUUUGACAAUGGCUAUACCAAUCUGCCGUGAAGGCAUGUUUCUCAUUCUCCUCUGGCUUAGAUCUUGGAGUACAGAUGCUCUACCUGAGGAAAAGGCAAAAAUGGGGCGGAAGAGGAGGCGGCAAAUUGAGUUUAGCUAUCACAAGUGGGCACAUCUGGGAGUUCCCAUGCUAAUUUCUGGUGGCGAUGACACAAAGAUGUAUGCUUAUUCUGCAAAGGAGUUCUCAAAGUUCUCUCCCCAUGACAUAUGUCCCGCACCUCAGAGAAUGCCUAUUCACUUGGUUCAUAAUACCAUGUUCAACAAGAAUUCCUUACUUCUUGUCCAAGCGUCUAAUUCCUUGGAUAUUUUAUCUGUGAGGUCAAAUGGUGGAAACAUAACAGAUGGUGUUCCUGGUCCAUCAAAGGGCCGCGCAACCACAGAUUUACUGGCUAGAAUUAAAACGAAAGCAUCCCGUAAGAUCAUAUGUAGUGCCAUUUCUAAUACUGGAAUGCUAUUUGCUUACUCUGAUCACAUCAAGCCAAAUCUUUUUGAGUUGAAGAAGCAUGAAGCUAACAGAACUUCGUGGACUGUUAGCAAAAGGCAGCUUCAUUCCAAGUUGCCAUACUCGCAUUGUAUUAUCUUUAGUUCGGAUUCUUCAAGGCUAAUAUUGGCAGGCCACAAUAGAAGGAUAUAUGUUGUGGAUGUGGAGACAUCUGACCUAGUGCAUACCUUCAGUCCUCAGCGUUAUGAUUACAAUGAGGAAUUACCGCCCUCCGAGCCUCCAAUGACAAAAAUGUUCACUAGCAACGACGGACAGUGGUUAGCUGCCGUUAAUUGCUUUGGCGAUAUAUAUGUGUUCAACAUGGAGACACAAAGGCAGCAUUGGUUCAUUUCAAGACUGGAUGGUGCUUCUGUUACCGCUGGUGGUUUUCCACCACAAAAUAACAAUGUCCUUGUAGUCACUACCUCCUCAAACCAGGUCUAUGCAUUUGAUGUAGAGGCGAAGCAGUUGGGGGAAUGGUCAAUGAGGCAUACUUCUUUUCUACCUAGGAGAUACCAGGAGUUUCCUGGAGAAGUUAUUGGUCUCUCUUUCCAGCCUUUGUCUGCUUCUCCAUCUGCCAUCAUAUAUAGUGCGAGGGCAAGGUGUCAGAUCGAUUUCGGGAUGCCAGUGGAUAGAGAGGAAGAUGGUGACUUGGUUAAUGGUCCUGUUUCAACCAAAAAGAUAAAAUUAAAAACCCCGGUGAACAACGGUAGCCUGAAAAGAAUACUAAAAGAGUAUCAAACAAAGACUGAAAAUAGGAAGAACUUUGAAUUUCAUGCCUUCAGAGAUCCUGUGUUAUUCAUGGGGCACCUUUCAGAGAAUAGCAUAUUGAUCGUAGACAAGCCGUGGUUAGAUGUAGUCAAAUCAUUAGAAGCUCCUCCUGUUCACAGACAUGUAUUUGGCACUUAGAAAGGGUGGUAAGAAGAGUUGUGAUGAAUCAGUUGAGCCAUAACAAGAGGAACGUGGGGAGAUCAGGGAAGGUACUCAGAAGCAGAGGACUAAACUAAACCAGGUUUUUCGAUGGCUUCCCUUGUCUGCUUGGCGGGAGAAUGCAUGGGUUCUCAAGCCUUUCUCAUGGGUUGUGCAUGUGAUUGGGGAAGAAGGAUAGAGAUUUGCAGGCAAAGGUUGGUAACGAUGAACUGGGACUAUGCUUGUUUUGGGGGGUUGGGUUCAUGUUCUUGUUGUUUAUUGUAUCCCUACUAGUAGUUCUCCCUUGUAGAGGGUUGUUUUUUUGUUUCUUUUUUGGCGCUUUGUUUCUGGGGACCUUCUAGCGACUCUUGGUAGUAGUUCAACUCAGUUUUGUCCUAAAUUUUUUUUUGCUUCUAACUUAUGGGCUAAAUCUAUAAGAAAUGUACAAGUUCCCCACACUGCAUACUUCCUGUCCAGCAGUGCAAUGAAUUGCUGUCUUGUUCUCCUGUUGCUGGUGGGGAAUUGGGAAUGAAUCACAAUAUUGAUGGCUUCAGUUACUUGCUGCCUUUAGCAGGAAUAAGCUGCCUGACCUAUACCCUUGAGAUUAUUAUAGUUAUAAUAAUUAUAUAUUUAC